AUCCACGCAACAUCACCGUCGUCCGCAUUCUUUGCUACGGCAUGGCUACAUUCCAUCUUUUUCCACGACUCCCUGCAGAACUUCGUCUUCGGGUAUGGGAGCUGACUGUGGAGCCUCGCACCGUCAAGGUUGGUUUCAAAAGCAGAUAUGAAGGAGAGCUUUGGCAGACCACAGCCUUAUAUUCAAAGACGCCCAUACCAGCGCCACUUCAGACCUGCCGGGAGUCGCGGAACGCUGGAUUAUACCAGCGUUGUUUCACUGAGCUCUGUGUCCUUAACAGCAACAGGAAGAACGCGCAGAAAAAGUACCGCCGUGACGGAUAUGUGUGGGAAGGGCAAUACAGCUAUGUCUGGUGCAAUCUGGAUAUCGACAUGAUUUACAUCGACGGUUGGUUGUUUGAAGAUUUCGAGAGUAUUGCACAUCUCAUCAAACGACUGAAAUUUUGGCGCAACAUGGAUGAAUUUUGGAGGCGUCCGGCUGGCCCUGGCCCUGGUUGUGACGCCCUUCGCUGGUUCAAAAAUGUGUCGGAGAUUCACGUGGUGCUCGACGAAUCGGACGAUUUUGCGAGCUGGCAUGGGACUUCCUAUGAGGAUCCCUGGCCUUGUGACAACGUCUUGUUCAUAGACGAGAAGGAGGGCGAAGAGAUGCGGAUGAUGGACCUGGAGUACAAAUAUGAUCGUGAGGCCGAAUCGAGCACAUCUUUGAAACAGUCCCUAACCUUCGAGCGUGCAUCCACGAUCUCGAUCGCGUUGUCAGAACCGAUCCACACAUACCUCGAACUCUUCACACAUUCUAACAUGGCCACAUUCCACCCAUUCCCACGACUGCCGGCCGAACUCCGUGCUCAGAUAUGGCAAAUGACAGUGGAGCCUCGUAUAGUUGAAGUGCGCCUCAGGGUCCGGGGGAAAUGGGGUGAGAAGACGUUCAACAAGUUGACUUCGCCUACACCUGUACCAGCACCGCUGCAGACAUGUCGAGAAUCGCGGAACGCUGGACUAUACCAGCGUUGUUUCUCAGAUAUGCCUUGGCGCGGCGGCGCUGCGGAAGACGCAGAACCGCGCUACGUGUGGUUGAACCUGGAUAUCGACAUGGUUUCCAUCGGCUGGAGCCAAUUCGAAGCCUUCAGGCCUGUUGCGCACCUUAUCAAACGCCUGAGAUUUACGCGCGACAAUACCGAUGAGUAUUGGGCCCGUGGAGAUGAACCCGACGAGCUUUGCCACUACAAAAACGUGUCGGAAAUCCAUGUGGUGCUUUGCGAAGGCAGCGAAUUUGAGGAAUGGCAAUGGGCUGCGCAGGACUACACCUGGCCUUGCGGGAAGGAGAAUGUGUUAUUCAUAGACUACGAACAGGGACAAGAGAUGAAGUUGACAGACCUGGAGAACAAGUAUGAUCAUUUCUGA